ACCAAACGCUGUACAGAACUGUGAAAUCUGCCGUCUGUCUCCGUCGAGACUGUUCCUAUUUCCUAUUUAAAAACUCGCAAUAGUGUUACGUGCAUUUUUAUAUUUGUUUCUACGGAAGUAAUCAAGUGUAAAUACAUUUGAUGAAACUAGCGACGUGUAAUAGCUGUGGUUUUUUGCUUAAGUAAGCCGCUGACAAUGCAGUUGGGUAGCCAAUCGGUUUUGCCUAGUAUUUGUUUAAAGAGGGCGACUUGCUUGUUCGGCUGCAAGUAGGUACUGAAUUUUGCUACUUUUUGGUAGGUACAAACAUAAACCUUUUGCCAACCACUGACCCGACUUGUGUAGCUGCCGCCCGGCCCCGCCGUCGACGAAAGCCACCGGUUGGAGCGCGAUCGAGGCGCACGGGUUACCUACAGAUAAACGGCAGACACGGUCGCCGGCGAUACCUGUGACUCCACGCAUCCUGGUUGUGCGUUUUGUUUUUUUUAACAAUUUUUUAAGUGCGGUACAUUUCUAUUUUAUUAUUCUCGCUUAUCCUUUUUGUUGCGUACACUGCCGCACGACAAAAAAGGCGAUGGCUCUCAAACCAUGUUGACGGCGGAACGGCCACACACAGCCGAUGGCCCUUCGUCAUUGUCGACUAACAACAACAACAACAGUAGCAACAGCAACAACAACAACUACAGCAACAUCAUAAAUGGUUAACAGUAGCGGUCGCCGGCGCUGGGCUACUGCGGUAGCCCUGACGGCGCUGGUCGUGGCCGUCCAAGUGGCCACGUGCAGAAACAUAUUUCUGAAGUUACCCAACGUCCCGGAUGUCGUCCACCCGCCAAUCCCUUCGGAAGCCGGAAUCAGCGUCGACGAUAUGGACCAUCUUCAGACAUUGGAAGAUAUUGAUCCGGAAAUCAGACCUGGUUUGUUUCAAGGAGACAUGGCAUUGAACAACGAGAUUUUUGAUUACUGGCGGGUCGGUUUGCGGUGGGACAUUUUUCCAGAAAAACUUUGGUUGAAUCGGACCGUACCUUAUUUGAUCAGUCCUCUAUACGAAACCGAACAUCGCAUUUUGAUAUAUCAAGCAAUCAGAACACUUAACUUCUUCACUUGUAUCAAAUUCGUACCGUGGACUGGCAAAGAAAAAGACUAUUUGUUGAUAUGGCCAGUAAAAUACCCUGCAGGGUGUUGGUCGUUUGUGGGCAGAUAUGGAGGACCCCAAAUAGUCUCAUUGCAACCACCCGACGAAACUGGAUCUAACUGUCUUGGCACUGACGGAAGACCGAUCCACGAACUGUUGCACGCUUUGGGCAUUUUCCACGAACAAUCUAGAGCCGACAGAGAUAAAUUUGUGAAAAUCAAUUUUGAAAACAUCAUACCUCAAUACCGGUCGAAUUUUGACAAACAGAGUCUAAAGAACACCACCUAUGAGUUUGAGUACGAUUACGACAGCGUCAUGCAUUACGGCAAGAACUUCUUCAGCGUUGGCAAAGGUAAGCCCACUAUAGUACCUAAGAUGACUGGAAAGACGAUUGGACAACGGAAAAUGAUGAGUAAAACCGAUUGCUUAAAAAUAAACAGUCUGUAUGGCUGUUUGGGAACACCGCCAAACUACAACCGUAAAUAUUACUUGCUGUGUAAUCAUAUGGGACUAUAAUCUUUUUCUAUAUAUAUAUUAUUUAUUAAAAACAAACAAAAAACAUUUUUUUGAUUUAAAGAAACAACAAAUAUAUUUAACUAAUGUUAAAUUUUAAAACAAUAUAAUCUGUAUAAAUAAAACGAACAAAAAAAUUGAGUAUACUAGUUU